AUGCUGAUGAAAACUGGCUUCAGCCCAUGUGACACGCGCCAAGUUGCUCCAACCUUCUCGGAGAAGCAGGAGCUCCUUGACCUUGGUUACAGCGAAGAUGAGGCUGCCGAGAUGCGCGUAGAGCUGGCGUGUGGCUCUCAGCUGUGGGUUGAUGAGUUUCGCAAUUUGGGUGUCCGUUAUGGCUGGCAUCCAUCAGCCUUCGAAGCCGCUGAUACCUUUCCUGCCCUGAUGCAGGAGCUCAAUGGCCAUUCGAAGAUCUUGCGGAACAUCGAUGACCGCCUGACAACGACGCAGGCCUUGGUCCCCAAAGCCUUGGGAAAAAUGAAGUGCGAGAUUCCUGGCCACGAGGCUGACGUGAAGUCGGCACUGGACAAGCUGCUCGAGGAUUCAGCCGUGAUAAAGGAGCAGGUGGGAACCAUCAUUGAUCGGCUACAUGAGUCCGCCAACGAGGCUAUGGCCUUCAACGACCUCAUGCACAGGCAGUUUGAGUUCAAGGGCAACCGCCUACCUGAAGAGGUCUCGGAAUUCUCAGGAACAGUGGUGUCUAACCUGCACCGUGCGGAAGACAUGGCCAAGAAGGAGAUGGUCGCUGGCGCGAAGGAUUUGGUGCGCAUGGCAGAAGAAGUUCGGACCAUGAUCAUGGCAUCGGCGAUGCCAGCACCUUUGUGCAUGCUUGGCGCGCCGCCGAUCCAGAGACGCCCUGCCAAUGCAGCAGGGUUCCUGUGA